GCAGCGCUUCCGGUGUGGCUUUCAUAAACUCUUGGACGAAGAGCAGGAUGCUGUCCCUGACUCGGGCUGUCGUGAGCGGGGUGGCGCGCGCCCCGGCGGCGCUCAGUCAAGGCGCCGUCGUCCGAUUCAACAGCACCGUGCAGAGUCCUCCUAAGAAAACAAAAUUUGGGCCACUGGCUGAUGAAGACAGAAUUUUCACCAACCUCUACGGCCGUCACGACUGGAUGUUGAAUGGUGCCUUGAAGCGUGGCGACUGGUACAAGACCAAGGAGAUUCUUCUCAAGGGCGUGGACUGGAUUAUCAACGAGAUCAAAGUGUCAGGCCUGCGCGGGAGAGGAGGCGCGGGGUUCCCCACUGGCAUGAAGUGGAGUUUCAUGAACAAGCCCAGUGACGGCAGGCCCAAGUAUCUGGUUGUGAACGCCGACGAGGGUGAGCCGGGCACGUGCAAAGACAGGGAGAUCAUGAGGAACGACCCCCACAAGCUGGUGGAGGGCUGCCUGGUGGCUGGCAGAGCCAUGGGGGCCCGCGCCGCCUACAUCUACAUCCGGGGGGAGUUCUACAACGAGUCGUCCAAUCUGCAGGUGGCCAUCAGCGAGGCAUACGCGGCGGGACUCAUCGGCAGGAACGCGUGCGGCUCGGGCUACGACUUUGACGUGUUCGUGAUGCGCGGUGCCGGCGCCUACAUCUGCGGCGAGGAGACGGCGCUCAUCGAGUCGCUGGAGGGAAAGCAGGGCAAGCCACGACUCAAGCCGCCAUUUCCUGCCGACGUGGGCGUUUUUGGCUGCCCGACGACUGUGGCCAACGUGGAGACGGUGGCCGUGGCGCCCGCCAUCUGCCGCCGUGGAGGCACCUGGUUUCUGGGUUUUGGCCGGGAGAGGAACUCGGGCACCAAGCUCUUCAACAUCUCCGGCCACGUCAACCACCCGUGCACCGUCGAGGAGGAGAUGUCCGUCCCCCUGAAGGAUCUCAUCGAGAGGCACGCAGGCGGCGUUCGCGGCGGAUGGGACAACCUGUUGGCCGUCAUCCCCGGCGGCUCGUCCACGCCGCUCAUCCCCAAGAAAGUGUGCGAAGAUGUGAUGAUGGACUUCGACGGCCUCGUCCAGGCUCAAACCGGCCUGGGCACGGCCGCGGUCAUCGUCAUGGACAAAUCCACUGACAUCAUCAGAGCCAUCGCCCGCCUGAUUGAGUUUUACAAGCACGAGAGCUGUGGCCAGUGCACACCUUGCAGAGAAGGGGUGGACUGGAUGAACAACAUGAUGUGGCGUUUUGUGCAAGGUGACGCGCGGCAGUCGGAGAUCGACAUGAUCUGGGAGCUCAGCAAGCAGAUCGAAGGGCACACCAUCUGUGCCCUGGGAGACGGCGCCGCCUGGCCCGUGCAGGGCUUGAUCAGACACUUCAGGCCCGUGAUGGAAAGCCGAAUCGCCCAAUUCCAGCACCAGAAGCAGGCCAGAGCUUAAAAUGUCUGCUUACUCUUCAUCCUAGCUGGCGUGCUUCUCUGCCUCAUCGCUACCUGAAACACCCGAAUGCUUGUGCUCUUCACAAAAUAUUUAAAAUAAAAAAGUGUUUUGUUUUU